GGCGUAUGCAUUACUACAAUUCCUAUUAUUAGACUUCCGGUCGAAGGGACAGGGCGUUAACUAGAACACAUUUUUGUAACAAAUCUAAUGUAAAUGGUUCGUUUUUGCUGUGUUCCAAACUGCUCUAAUAGGUCUGAUAGAGAGUCUCACCUUUCCUAUUUUGGACUACCUCUAAAGAACAAGUCUUUACUCAAGAAGUGGAUUCACGUUGUUUGUCGAAAGAAUCUGUUGAUCAACAGCAACACCAAAAUCUGCAGUGAACACUUUGUCAACGCACAUGGCAGGCGUCUCUACUCAGAUGAGGUCCCCAGUUUGCUUCUACCAGUUGUUGUAAGGGCUCAGAAGGCUAGAAAGGAACCAAGAGAGCGCAGUUUACUCCUACAAGAAGAAGGCUUAGAUGAAUUGGAAUUGGAACAAAAAGAUGUGUCAACACAAACGGAAGAGGUUGACGUUGAAGUACCUGGUGAGCUGUUAAGAAUGAAAAAAAUGGUUGCUAAGCUGGAAGCCAAAGUACAUGAACUAGAUACGAAAAUGAAUCGGCAACUAUUUCGGUUUUCUUCAAUCAAAGAUGAUGAUGUGAAGGUAGCGUUCUAUACUGGGUUUCCUACGUCUUCAUGUCUUAAAGCAUUCUUUCAGUUUCUUGAACCAGCAGCUAGUGACUUAAUCUAUUCUAAGAAACAAGAAGAAAAUCAUGUUCGAACAGGAGAAGAAACUAAGCGCUAUCGUCCAAGAUCAUUACCACCCAUAGAAGAGAUGUUUUUGACAUUAGUUCGUCUUCGCCUUGGACUGCUAGAGCAAGAUCUUGCUGAUCGCUUCAGUGUAUCUCAAUCUACCGUUAGUAGAAUUACUUGCACAUGGAUCAAUUUCCUCUACUUGAAACUAAAACAAAUUCCUAUGUGGCCUUCAAGAAACCUUGUGAGAGCAAAUAUGCCAAAACAAUUUAAAGAACAGUACCCUACAACACGAGUAAUAAUUGAUGCUACUGAAAUAUAUAUCGAACAACCUCACCUACCUGAACUGCAACAGAUGACUUUCUCUAAUUACAAGAAUGAUAACACGUUUAAGGUUUUAGUUGGGAUCUCUCCUGACGGAGCAAUUACUUUUGUCUCGUCUUUGUUUCCUGGAAGUAUUUCUGAUAAGGCAUUAACGAGGGAGAGUGGGAUAUUGGACUUGUUAGACAGUGGAGAUUCGGUAAUGGCAGAUCGAGGAAGACCUUCUGUGAGGGGUGUACGUCUUAACAUUCCACCAUUUCUUAGAGGAAAAAAGCAACUUUCAGAGAAAGAACUAGUAGUUACUCGACGCAUAGCAUCUUUGAGAAUUCAUGUGGAACGUGCCAUGGAGAGAAUCAAAAAUUUUCACAUUUUUGACAAGAGUUUACCUGUAUCUUUAACUGACAUUGCAGAUAGAAUUUUUUGUGUGUGUUGUGCUCUAUCUAAUUUUCAGCCACCUUUACUUUAAAAAAAUGAUUUGAUCAUUUCAUU